GACAAGACUGGUGCGUGAAUGUACAAAAGUCCACAAGUAGGCUAGUUACGUUUCAGUUGAUAGUGUUUGAUAACGACGAUAUGACAACUAAGUCAGAUUAUCAGCGAACAUACGGUGCAUAUGGAGAAGAGCCCAGGCAACAGUAUAGUCCCGCCUCGCAAAAUGAAGGGGCGGAGCCAUCCCCCCAUUCUCGAGCGGCCACUCCUCUCGAUUGUCUCACUUAUGCCAGCGAGGUUGACCAAGAUAAUUACCCGACACUAGUCAGAUCAGAUGCGAGGUACUUGCCAUUUACCUUAGAGGUGCCAUUAGAAGAAGCCAAUGGCACGGAGUAUCUCCAGCUGGGACCGACUGCAAUUGCGAAUGGUUCUCCGUCACAAGGAAGCGGUAGUCCGAGUCCUGGUUCACCAUCCCGAGUAUACAGUCUGUCUGCAAUACAUUCCGGAGAUGAGCAUCAGUCCGCAAUAGAAGGAUCUCAGUUAACACAACUCACCAGUCACAUAAGUUACACAGGAUCUGGAAUGAACUCUCCUACAGAGGGAAAUAUGUCUGGUUCGUUAUAUUCGAGAUCUAGUGCUUAUUCUACAACGGGCGCGAUGCCCUAUUAUAACAGUGGAUCACCGGAAUUAACUACACAACCAUCACAAUUAUGGACAAAUUCAGGUGUCAAUACAUCAGGACCCAUAUCAUUAGCCGAAGAUUACCCGAAAGUAAGUUCUUCAUCGCCGGUUAGUUUACCAGCCUUUAAUAGAUUACCAACCACGUUUACAAACAAUCAUAAUCAUCACCGCACCGCGGCGUAUUUACCCAACGCCAUCUAUGGAGAAUGGCCGGCGUAUACUGCGGACCAAUACGGCCUUAAUUCAUCGUCGCAAAGAAAUCGACCAAUAUCUGCAGCAGCUUCGUUAUCGGCAAUGGCGGCAGAGCCGGGCCACGGGGGUGUUCCCGAUUACUACAAGAACUACUAUCCUGGGUAUAAUGGGGUUCGAAAUCCCGUGCACACCACUGAAGAAAAGUCGAAUCGACGAUUGUCUGCUUCUCGUCGAGCUGGUCUCACGUGUACCAACUGCCAUACUAGUACUACUUCCCUUUGGAGGAGAAACGCUUUAGGAGAACCCGUUUGCAAUGCUUGUGGACUUUACUAUAAACUUCAUUCGGUCAACAGACCUCUUUCAAUGAAGAAAGACAGUAUUCAGACGAGAAAACGAAAACCCAAAGGAAGUAAAGAGACUAAUGCUAACACAGCACAUAUUCCAAGAAAUCUCACUAAUACAUCACUAGCCUCAAUAAAAAUGGAAGAUGUUGGAGUAAAAUUAGAGCAUGCAAGUUUAGAUAAUUACAACGAACUCAGGACAGUUACAUCGCUCAACCAGCUCCAGCAUCCCUCAACAACUAGUUAUGCUUCUUACACCACUCAAGCGCAUCAUAGAUUGAGUCCUACAUAUCACUCUCAGUCACCUCAACUCACCACGCAGUCUCACUACUACGAAACGAUGCUUCAACAGCCGAGUCCCAGUCCACCAUCUAACGAAUCAGACAGUGAAACUAACUCUCUUCUCAACAACAACAAUAACAACAACACCAAAGUAAUAAUUAAUGGCGAUCAUUGUGUUGACAGACCUACUGUUGUGUCACUUUCCUCAUAAUUAUUAACUAUUUCUUGUAGCACAUUGUAUAUAUUGUUUAUAGAUAGAAUUAAUACAUAGUAUGAUUCCCUGACAGUAGGAUAUUACAUUUUGGAUGGCUGUUCCGAUUAAUUUUAAAAAUAUUUAACUUGGUCAAAAUACUUUGAUGUUUGUCGGUUUUCAUCAUUUUAAAUUCUUCAAAAGAUAUUCAAAAGAAAAUCUAAAAUGUUUUGGAAAGUUUGCAGUAUUCUUGGCAUUGCUGCUUUAUUUUAUUAUUUUUAAAAAUUGGUAUAAAAAUUGUAGUUUUUACAAUUAUUACAGUAUCAGGUUUUUAAAAGUGACUGAAGGUAUGCAGUAUAGAUUC